AGAGCUAGGAGCUGAGUUCACAGCGGGGACGAGGAAGAAGGCUGUGGAGGCGGAAGUGUUUGAAUCAGUGUCAGACAUGGCUGCGAACGGGGAUCGGUUGAGAGCGUUGAAGGAAUUGGGCAACAUGAGAAGAGCUGGACUCGUUGUUUUAUUGCUGCUGGAUUUGUGUCUUCAGCCUGUGCGAGGUUACCUGAGCUCGGAGCAGCACAUCCCUAACUAUGUUCAGGACGUUCCACAGGCCCGCAGCACAGCCACGCCCGCUGCUGCGGCUGUUAAGGUUCAGAUGACCAGCACAACCAGCUACUCUUCCCAGUGUCCGAGCAGAGGGCUAUGCUCCAAGCUGCCUCCAGCCUGCAUGACCUGCAACACCAGCACCUCCUGCAGAUACGGCAAGCUUGUCACGUUCCAGUGCAGCGUCAAUCAAACUGUGCACUGUGUGGAUGAGUCUGGACAGCCACAGAAGACAUUCCCUUUUCUGAUGAAGUGCCAGUUCUGCUGGCAGCUGCCCCCCUUUCAGUACAGGUGUAGCGAGUCUACCAGCUGCAUGACCGUCUCCUGUCCCCGCAAGCGCUACAACGCCAACUGCAGUGUGCUGGACCACGUCCACUGCCUGGGGAACCGGAAAUUCCACAAAAUGCUUUACUGCAACUGGACAGGGGGUUACAAGUGGUCAACCGCGCUGGCUCUGAGCAUCACUCUGGGUGGGUUCGGCGCGGAUCGCUUCUACCUGGGCCAGUGGAGGGAGGGUCUGGGGAAGCUCUUCAGUUUCGGAGGUCUGGGGAUCUGGACUCUGAUCGACGUGCUGCUCAUUGGAGUGGGCUACGUGGGGCCGGCCGACGGCUCCCUCUACAUCUGAGCCAACGAGGGAACCAAGGAGCCAACCUGCAGUGACUACCUCCAGACUGCACCUUUUUCUACUUGGCUUUGUUUACUAUAGUUUUAAAUGAAUCUUGCAUGAUGUGACGAAAAACAUAAUCAUGGACUUUUUUUCGCUGCCUAAAAUGCUUUUCUUAAUAAGAAAUUGACUCAUUUCAAAACCUGGAAUAUUUCUCAAUUUUAAAAUAAGAGCUGGGGGAGGGAGACCAGGCCACAAUUAUAUGGACUGGUCCUGCUUCAGUUUCCCCCUGCCAUUCUUUGGAAAGCUGUCUGCAGUCCUCGGUCUUGUAAAUAUUUGUAAAGUAUGUAUAGAAUCCACAGUCUAUCGGGUUGGACACAAAUGCAAUCCAAAAGAGGAAUGGGAGGCUAGGAGUGUAUGAUAAGUUUGGAGAAGAUUUGUCACAACUCAGGUCAGUUGUCAUGGUUACCAUGUAGAGUGUGUGACCAGGUAGAUCAGUUGUCAUGGUUACCAUGUAGAGUGUGUGACCAGGCAGAUCAGUUGUCAUGGUUACCAUGUAGAGUGUGUGGCCAGGCAGAUCAGUAGAUAUGUACAUCAGAUGCAUAUUUUGAAUCGGAACCAUCAGUACGUAUUUAUAACCUGGAAUAGUGAGCUAUUGUAAAGCUUUGUAAAGUACUUCUGUUUAACAUUGCUCUUGGGUACUGUAAACUGAAUACAUUUCACUUAGAAGAAACAAAAUUAUUUUUGCUACAUGGCCAUUCAUUACUCUUUUAGUUUUUUCUACCCCCAAACAAAUGCUGUUCACAGUAUCGAUAAACAAGAGGGUCCACCAUCAUGGCUAUUUUCAUAUUUUACCCUCCUAAACAAAAUGUUUGAAUGUGCAAUUUAAAUUGGAAAAAAAACUGCUUUUAUAUUUGAAAAAUAAUUGAAGGGAAUAAAUCUUAAGUGUCCAAGCUCAUGUCAUUUCAAUUAGUUAAAACCAGAGGGCUUAAUCCUUUGUAAUGUAAAACAGCCCUGGUUAAAAUCCUGCAUCUACUAAAGUCCCAUCUAGGUUCCUAAAAUGACCUUUGGAUAAGAUUCCAUGUAGUGCUGUGAACUUCUAAUGGUAUUAACCUGCCUUUCUCAUAACUGCAGCCACAUCUGUGUAAGUCUCUUCUGCACUGUAAAUAAAUGGAAACUUACUGAA